AUGUCUGAUAAAAUUAUGAAUGCAUUAUGCUAUGUAUACCAUAAAAUUGAGAGCUCUACAUUAGAUAAUUAUAUUUGUGAUUUCUUUUACUAUUGGAUAACUGAUAUGUUGUUAAAACAUUUAACAGGUAGUUUAAACUAUAAUAAAAUUAUGAAUUUACUUUAUAAUUUUCUUGAUAAUACUACAGAAAGUAAUGUAUGUUAUGUACAUCAUUUGUAUAAGAAUGAUGAAAAAUAUUUUAAUGUUUUAAAACUAAUGUUUGAUUAUUCAAAAGAUUAUAACACCUACAUGGAACAACGUGCUCAAGAUAACCUUCCAUGCAAUGAAAAUUAUCAAAAAUAUAUUCAAAAUUAUGUCGAUUCAUAUAAUGAGUUAUACGAUAAAUGCAAAAAGAAAAUUAUGAUAAAGAACAUUGU